AUGAAGGGGAAGGUCGAGCUGAUCGGCCGGACCGGAAAAACCAAGAUCCGAAGCUCCCCCAUCACCUCCAGAGACGUCUCUUACGUAACCCAAGAAGACGUUUUCCUGGGAACCUUGACGGUGAAGGAAACGCUCUACUUCGGUGCUCGCCUGAGGCUGCCGGAACUUAGCAAUGCCGAGCUCGACGAAGUGAUCGAGGAGACGAUGGACAAGAUGGGUCUCGAGGAAUGUGGGGACACCACGGUGGGGAACUGGCACCUGAGAGGGAUAAGCGGCGGGGAGAGGCGGCGGCUCAGCAUCGCCGUCGAGAUAUUGGCCCAGCCGGAGGUGCUCUGCUUGGACGAGGCCACGACGGGGCUGGACAGUGCUGCGUCGUUCUUCGUGGUUCAGGCGCUGCGCAAUGUUGCGAGGAGCGGGAAGAUCGUGGUCUGUUCGAUCCACCAGCCGACCAACGACGUUUUCCGGCUGUUUGAUGAUCUGCUGCUCAUCUCUGCUGGGGAGGCGGUUUACUUUGGUGAAUGCCAGGGUGCUGUCAAGGUAACUGUUGGGCCGCAUAGUUGA